CGGGAUCUGCAUUUUGCCUGGAGGGAGGGUAGGCCAGACUCUCAGUGAAUGAGGUGAAGUGAGGCCGAUACGUCAGAGUAAACAAAGAACUAGUAUCAAACGUUGGGAAAAUUUCUUCUCAUUCACUCGAUCAGACUUCGUAAAAAAAUAAAUUCCAGAGAAUUCUUCUUUCUCUCUCUUUCUUCCUCCUUCAAUCGCUUCUUGUCUGUCUUGUCGAUUCUAUCCCACCUUGUCUCUCUUUCUGCCCCUCCAUCUUUCUCCGGUCGGCCCCUCUGUCCGCAUCCGGAAUGCCUCCCACCAAUCGCUGCCUCCGCUCGGGCGCAAAGCGCUUACCGCCUAACCGCGAUGCGACUAGAACCGCCGAAGCUGGGAGAUCCCCGGCCGACGCGUUUGGGCAGAAUAGCCGCCAGCAGGCCGGGGAACUCAUCGACUCUCGUGCUCCAGUCUAUGCUUCUCCUCCCCAGACUCAGACUCCGCCUGUCCACGGACCAGAUCGGGCGCUUGGCAAGAAUUCGAGUCCUCCAGCUGUAGAGCCCCAGCCGAGUGAUUCUUCCCCCGGAGGCCGUCCGCACAGUGAGCGACAGGGUGCGGCUCGUGGAACACGCAGUGCCCGCCAGGAACUUGUCUCCGCAUUUGACUGGGAGGAGUUGAAAAUUGCCAGUUCUAAAGCUCCCGGAGUUGCCGUAUCCGGAACCAGUAACGGUCCGCAGCAGAAGAAUAAGAAGAAGCAGAAGCAGAAGCAACCAAAACAAUCAAAGCAGCCAGAGCAGCUGCCGGAACAGCAACCGGAAGCCCUUCCUGAGGAGUCGAGCUUAGCGUCAGCCGAGAUGUCACGGAAUCGUCCAAGAGGCCCUCCCAUGCCCAGGGAUAAUGGGCUUGCGGCUAAUGAAGAAACUGACAUGUGGAACAAGAUUCUUCAGGAUCUCCGAAAGGCCAAGGAGAAGAAUGAUAAGCAAAAAGCCUUGGCUGAGCAGAUAGCUACUUUGAACGAGAAGAUCGGGAAAGAGGGUGGCAAACCAACUCUAGCUGAGCACAAUCAGCUGGAUGGUCUUUACCGGCAAAUGCUCAAACUAUGCGAAGAGGAGAGAGCCAUUCUCGUGGACGAGCCCAGUGAUGUGAUCAAAAACCUGGGUCUUCUCACAGCCCUUCGUCAGGCAUCUGAGGCGGAGGCCCCGGCGCACCGAGCAACUGCUCUUUCCAAGUCACGGAAAAAGAGGAAUGAGGUGGAUGGACCAGCUACAGAAUCCCCAGGGCCCACAGGCUCAUCUGUGUCGGACAAAGCCAGUCGCACCAAAGGGGGCGCCGUUCCGCGCAGUACCAGUGUAUCCAGCAACCAAGCCCGCGAAGGUCGUGAAAGCCGAGACAAUGGCAUCGCCGUCAAGACUGAAGAAGGCACAGAAAGCACCAAGGGUACUGUUGCAGAGCGCAGUGGGCAUCUUACCGUCGGGGCGGAGGUCGUCUUCAAGCAUAAUAAAAACAAGCAAGGCGUUGAAGGCGAGGGCAUUCAGUGCAUCAUCAAAGGGAUUUCUGGUGAUGGGCACAAAAAACGGUAUGAUGUCCAGGACCCAGAACCGAACGAAAAUGGCGAGCAGGGAGCUGUGUACAAAACCACUGCCGUAUCUUUGAUACCCAUCCCGCAAAUUGGCACUCCAUUGCCAUCGUUCUCCGUUGGAAAGCAGGUCCUUGCGAGAUACCCUGAUACCACGACGUUCUACCGUGCCGAAGUCAUGGGCUCGAAGAAAGACGCCUAUCGCCUCAAGUUUGAAGGUGAAGAGGAUGAUAAGGAGAUGGAAGUUGAUAAACGUUUCGUCCUUGACAUCCCCAGCAAGUGAUAUGCGAUUCAACAGCGCCGGCAUUGAUACUUUCCAAUUUUCUAUUUUUCUUUCUUUUUCAAUUUGUUUUUUUCUUUCAAACCGGUGGAUUUGUCGAUGGCCCCAGAUUGUCAUGAUACCCCUUUGAGCUAAAUUGUUUUACGAAUGGGAGCAGGGUCGUUUCGGGAGUCUAGGUUUGAUGUUUAUUGUCUCUCAUCUCAUUUCAUUCCAUUUCUUUUUUUAUCAUAUCGAAGCUGUAUAUUCAACAGCAAUCUGGUC